AUGACGGAGGUAUCAUCCACCCGACUUUAUCUCGGGAACCUUCCCCGCAACGCAACGAAGCAGGAUGUUGAAGAGCACUUUAGCAGCCAUGGCUCGGGCAAGAUCACAGAGAUCAAACUGAUGAAUGGUUUCGGCUUUAUCGAGUAUGAAGAUGCCAUGGACGCUCGUGAUGUUGUACCCGCCUUUCAUGGCAGUGACUUCAAAGGCGAGCGACUAACUGUGCAGUUCGCUCGUGGUCCGCGACGCAAGGAGAAUUUCCCAGGUCCCCCGGACCGCUCCACUGCUCCUCGCCCGCGCCGUACUAUGUUCCGGAUGCAAAUUUCCGGUCUUCCAGAAACAAGCUGGCAGGACCUUAAAGACUUCGCGCGACAGUCUGGACUGGAUGUCGUCUACUCGGAAACUGGCCGUGAACAAGGAAGAGGAACACCCCCAAUUGACAAGGACACAAGGUUUGUUGAAUUCGAAACCGGAAACGACCUCAAGACAGCCGUGGAGAAGCUGGACCAGCGAGAGUUUAAAGGCUCGCGCGUGACUUGCGUUGCGGAUAUCCAGAACCUUGAUGACCGUUACCGGGAUAACUACCGGUCUCGUUCCCCACGCCGGCCUUACCCCCCUAUGGAUGAGUACGACAGAAGGUUCCCACCCCCUCGUGGAUACAGCCCCCGGGAUCACUACCGUGAACGGUCUCCCAUCCCGCUCCGUCGUGAUUACUAUGAUCGUGAUGGCUAUGGACGUCGUACUCCCCCGCGCCCUCGGAUGGAAGACUACCCGCCUCCACGUCGUCCGUACGAGGACCCCUAUGAUGCUCGGCCUCUGCCUCCUCCGCGCCACUAUGAUGAUCCGUAUCUAGCACCCCGCGCACCGUAUGGUCGUCCUCGCUCCCCAACCCGCGGGGAGUAUGUUGCGUAUGAUCGCCCCCCACGCCCCUACUGGUAA